ACGACUUCCGCCCUGCAGGAAUACUUCCGGCCACCGUCUCCCUCCCUUCACCUCCACCAUGGAGACCAUUCUAGAGCAGCAGCGCCGCUACCAUGAGGAGCGGGAGCGGCUGAUGGACGUCAUGGUCAAAGAGAUGUUGACGCGCAAAUCCACGUUGCGAGAUCAGAUCAACUCGGAUCACCGCACAAGAGCCAUGCAGGAUCGCUAUAUGGAGGUGAGCGGCAACUUGAGAGACUUGUACGAUGACAAGGACGGGUUGCGGAAGGAGGAGCUCAGCGCCAUUUCAGGGCCCAACGAAUUUGCAGAGUUCUAUAACCGCCUGAAGCAGAUCAAGGAGUUUCAUCGGAAGCACCCCAAUGAGAUUUGUGUUCCAAUGUCGGUGGAGUUUGAGGAGCUCUUGAAGGCACGAGAGAACCCAAGUGAAGAGGCUCAGAACUUGGUGGAGUUCACUGAUGAAGAAGGAUAUGGCCGCUACUUGGAUCUGCACGAUUGUUACCUUAAAUACAUUAAUCUCAAGUCCUCAGAGAAAUUGGACUAUAUCACAUACCUGUCUACUUUUGACCAGCUCUUUGACAUUCCCAAGGAGAGGAAAAAUGCGGAGUACAGGAGGUACCUGGAGAUGCUCCUGGAGUAUCUGCAGGAUUACACAGACAGAGUCAAGCCACUGUUAGAUCAGAAUGAGCUGUUUGGCAAGAUCCAGGCUGAGUUUGAAAAAAAGUGGGAGAACGGCACAUUCCCCGGCUGGCCAAAAGAGACCAGCAGUGCCCUCACUCAUGCCGGUGCCCACCUGGACCUCUCAGCCUUCUCUUCCUGGGAGGAGUUGGCCUCCCUGGGACUGGACAGGCUGAAAUCUGCACUUCUGGCUUUGGGACUCAAAUGCGGUGGAACACUAGAAGAGCGUGCUCAGAGGCUGUUCAGCACCAAGGGCAAGUCCCUGGAAGCCCUUGACUCCUCCCUGUUUGCUAAGAACCCAAAGACAAAAGGCAGCAAGCGGGACACUGAGAGGAACAAGGACUUGGCCUUCCUGGAGGCUCAGAUCUAUGAAUAUGUGGAAAUCCUUGGGGAGCAGCGUCAGCUGACGCAUGAGAAUGUGCAGCGCAAGCAAGCGCGGACGGGCGAGGAGCGUGAGGAAGAAGAGGAAGAGCAGAUCAGUGAGAGCGAGAGCGAGGAUGAAGAUAACGAGAUCAUAUACAAUCCCAAGAACUUGCCCCUGGGCUGGGAUGGCAAGCCCAUCCCUUACUGGCUCUACAAGCUCCACGGCCUGAACAUAAAUUACAACUGCGAGAUCUGUGGAAACUAUACGUAUCGGGGGCCAAAGGCAUUUCAGCGACACUUUGCGGAGUGGCGCCACGCCCAUGGGAUGCGAUGCCUGGGCAUCCCCAACACGGCUCACUUUGCAAAUGUCACACAGAUUGAAGACGCCGUUUCAUUGUGGGCAAAGCUGAAGCAACAGAAGGCAUCGGAAAGGUGGCAACCGGACACAGAAGAAGAGUACGAAGAUUCCAGUGGGAAUGUUGUCAACAAAAAGACCUACGAAGAUUUGAAACGCCAGGGCCUGCUGUGAUGGAAGAGGAUGCUGGCCCAGUGCACCCUAUUGUCAUUCUUCUCCUGUUACCCCUCCCCCACACACACAAACACACACACACACACAAUAUGCUGAAUUUCCCUCUUCUUUCCAGGAUACA